AGACCUUUAUAUGCAAGCUUAUUAUGCAAUAAACAUACUAAAUUUUUAUUAAUUAAUAAUAAUUUUGUGUAACAAAAACAUAGCUGCAUUUAAAUAAUUGUGAUAUUAGUUUAAAAUUAAGGAAAAAAAUGCUUAAAGUUUUUAAUAAUAGUUUGUAUUUGUUAACCAAACGAUCUACAACGAACCCCGGCAGACUAGUUCUACUACAACAGCGGUUGACAAAACGUGAAUAUAGCAGCAGUGUAAUGGAGAAAUUUGAUUUGCCACAGAGAUUACAAGGCAGCACGCCAAGUGUUUGGAAUGAAUAUAUUGCUUUGGCCAUGCAAUACAAGCCCUUGAACUUGGGCCAAGGUUUUCCGGAUGAUGCUGCCCCGGAAUAUGUUACUAAAGCUUUGGCCGAUAUAGCCAACGAUGAAAAUCCUUUGUUGCAUCAAUACACUAGAGGUUUUGGCCACAUGCGUUUGGUACAAGCCAUAGCCACUUUAUACUCCAAGCUAGUGCAGCGUGAAUUGAAUCCUUUGAAUGAGAUUCUUAUUACCUCGGGAGCUUAUGAGGCUUUAUAUUCUUCUAUUAUGGGUCAUGUUGAUGUGGGCGAUGAAGUUAUUAUUAUCGAACCAUUUUUCGAUUGCUAUGAACCUAUGGUGAAAAUGGCGGGAGGUGUAGCUAAAUUUAUUCCCUUAAAACCGACCAAAACCGACGGUGCCAUCUCCUCAGCCGACUGGAAAUUGGAUGAAGAUGAGCUGAAAAAGUUGUUCAACAAUAAAACCAAAAUGAUCAUCUUGAAUACACCACACAAUCCCAUCGGUAAGGUAUUCAAUCUCCAAGAAUUGCAACUUAUUGCGGAUUUAUGUAAAAAGUGGAAUGUACUCUGCUUAUCGGACGAGGUAUACGAAUGGAUGACAUUUGAAAAUAAUAAACAUAUACGUAUUUGUACCUUGCCCGGCAUGUGGGAGCGUACAGUGACCAUUGGUUCGGCUGGUAAAACAUUUUCGGUAACAGGUUGGAAAACCGGUUGGGCUUAUGGUCCAGCCAAUUUGAUUAGAAAUCUACAAAUGGUACAUCAAAAUUCAGUGUACACUUGCCCCACACCCCUGCAAGAAGCUGUAGCUAGAGGUUUUGAAUUGGAAAUGACCCGGUUGGAUUCGGAUGAAUGCUUUUUCAAGAGUUUGCCACGUGAGUUGCAGGUGAAGCGGGAUUAUAUGGCUAAGUUUUUGACAGAAGCUGGUAUGAAGCCCACCAUACCAGAGGGUGGCUAUUUCAUGUUGGCCGAUUGGACUAAUUUAGAAAAGAAAAUUGAUAUUAACUCUGAACCGGAUAAAUAUCGUGAUUACAAAUUCACCAAAUGGAUGACUAAGAAUAUGGGUAUUCAGGGUAUACCUCCUAGUGCCUUUUACACAGAGUCUCAUAAGAAUUUGGGUGAGAACUUUGUGCGCUAUUGUUUUAUUAAGAAGCAAGCUAAUUUGGAAAAAGCUUCGGAGCUUUUGGAGAAAUUGAAGAAGAACUAAUUUUUGGUUUAAUGGUUUAUGUUUAUUAUAUUUUUUUUGUUAUACUAUUUGAACCGAAUAAAUGUGGAUAUUAUACAAUAAAAUGUUUAUAAACAAUGGACAAA